AUGGAUGAACCUUCAAAUUUUGCAACAAAUCAACAAGCAAGAGAAAAAGGCUUAGAAACAUUAAAAUGUCCAAUGAAUGGACCUGAUUCUAAAUAUGAUAAUCCUCCAUAUAAGACAAUAAGUGUUUAUCAAUGGAAAAGUUUUCUUAGUGAAAAAACUCUUUGUAUGCUUGGUAGAACUAGAGGGGGAGAUUAUAAUUUAUAUGAUACGCACAAUUUAUAUGGAUUGGCCGAAACUAUUGUUACUCGAAAAGCUUUGGAAUCAGCAACAGGCAAAAGGGGGGAAUUAAUUUCACGUUCAACAUUUAUUGGUUCUGGUAAAUAUGGAAGUCAUUGGAGUGGGGAUAAUUCUGCUAAAUGGACUGAUCUUCGGGCUUCCAUAAUUAGCGUUAUUGAAUUUAAUAUUUUUGGUGGUUUUUAA